CACCCCUUGCACCCCUAGUACGUUUGAGGAAAAAUACUCUUCAAACUAUCGUUUUUCUGGUUGAAUAAGCAGAAAUCGAGGCAAAAUGUUGUGGUUUGAUGAAGCUGGGGAGGUGGUGGAAAUGUUUAGAAGCAGCUUUCCACUCUCCUUCCUAUUUUUCGUACCAAUUUUCAUCAUUAUGUCGCCGGUUAGCCCGGUGAGUGCAGCACAGGAGUUCACAGUGUACAGAAUGCAACACUUCGAUCUACAGGGCACGCAGUAUGGUUGCCGUAAUGCCAUUGUGAACUUAGAUGUGCGACCUCUAGAUGCUGCCAUGCUGACUCGCCGCUGUGUGCUAACGAAAUUGAAAGAAUUGACAAUAGAAAAGUUCAGAGAAAUGUUAACUCAAGGUGCAGGAGCACUUGUGGUAAUGUUGCCUCAGAGGGAAAGUCUCACAGAAGAGGAGAAAGAGCAUCUGAUGGACUUGGAGACCGGCAUGAUGCAAGAAGAGAUCAACAUGCCUGUCUAUUUCACUGAUGAGACGGAUGACCUCAUGCAGAUCUAUGGUGAUAUCAAAACAAGUGUCAACAGUGACCAGGCUGGAUCUGCCACUGAAGCAUUGUUUAGCUCCGCGACUGCCAAUGGUUUCCAAAUGGUGGUGAACGGACCCCAGGCCAAAGUCAAACAUGACUUCAAGGUUGCCAACAUCCAAGGGAAGCUGUCAGGUUUUGGCAUUGAGGAGCAGCUGCCUACUAUUGCUAUUGUUGCACAUUAUGACUCCUAUGGUGUUGCACCGGCAUUGGCAGAUGGUGCAGAUUCCAAUGGUAGCGGUGUGGUCGUCCUCCUAGAGUUGGCAAGACUCUUCUCUAAGCUUUACACCAAUGCCAGAACUCAUGCAAAAUUUAAUUUCCUCUUUCUGCUGGCUGGAGCUGGGAAGUUCAAUUAUCAAGGCACAAAGAGAUGGAUAGAAGACAACUUGGACAGCAUGGAAUCCAGUUUGCUGGCCGAUGUCUCCUUUGUGUUAUGCCUGGAUACUUUGGGAAAUACAGACAAAUUAAACCUCCAUGUAUCAAAACCACCAAAAGAGGGCUCUUCUGGUGCUACAUUCUUAAAGAACCUUGAAGAGGUUAUCGCCGCAUUUCAUCCAGAAGUCACAUUUAAUAUGAUCCAUAAGAAAAUCAACCUUGCCCAGGACACGCUGGCGUGGGAACACGAGAGAUUCAGCUUCAGACGACUGCCUGCUUACACACUCUCUCGGUUAGAAAGUCACAAAAACAUGUCAAGGUUCUCCAUAACAGACACAAGAAGUCACCUUGAUGCUACAAUACUCUCUAGAAACAUCAGGAUAUUAGCCGAGGCUCUUGCUCGUCAUGUUUAUGGUCUGUCCAAUCAAGGUCUCAUAGAAAUCUUCAAUGAUGGCUUGAGUGUAGAAGAUGAAGUGAUCAAGUCAUGGUUAGAGCAGUUAACAUCACAAUCACGUGCAGCACAGCUUCUCAACGUCGAGCAUAACCAAGUGGUCACAUUACAGCAAGCCAUGGAAAGAUACCUAAAGGAUGUAAAAAAACAUGUUUUCUCAGCGGACAAAAGGGAUCCAGAGUUUGUGUUCUACGAUGGAGAUACUUACAAGAUGUCGGCAUACGGUGUCAAGCCAGCAGUAUUUGAUUUAUUCCUUGGACUCAUCAUUGCCGCCUACCUCUCAGCCAUUUACUUGCUCGUGCAAGUAAGUUGUCAUAAGAACUUUGUGAUGGUUCAAUCGAUGUUGCGCUCUCUGGUCAACAACAGAGGCAAGGUGAAGUCACAGUAAUCGAGGUCACAGUGAACCACCACCAGAGGAAAUAAGCUGAUAAUGAAUUCUUCAGUUCAGCGAAUGGGGAAUAAACUUUCUAAAAAUCUAUUUGGCAGCAAUAUGAAAGACUGUUGACUCUUUGGAUGCUGGUUGGAAUGAAUAGGUAUUGAAGGAUAUGAAUAUAUCUGUGAUGUGAACCAAGACUGAAUACAGACUGACAACUUUUUAUAGGAGGGCUUAACUUAACAGCGCAUACUGGUUUAUCCAUGGUUCAUUGAUAACAGUAUGACAAGCUGAGCUGAAGCCCCAUCGAGCUCUUGGGUUAGUUCCAGUGCAGCACUGUGGUUUGUUUAAAUCCUGACUUUCAGUAUUUCAUUGUUUUAAAGCACACUGACUGUUAUUCAUUGUUGCACAUCUUUUGCCUUGAUAGAGGUUCUCUCAAGGUCAACGUGGUUAACAGAAUUAUUUUAUGUUGUAAACAUUUGACACCUGACUCCUGGAAAACCAUUCUACAUGUACUUCGACAUUUCUUUCUUCUUCUUUUCUUAAUGUAUACCACUUGCAAUUUUUUCGAGUUACUUUUUUUGUACGUUUUGCUCAGAAAAAUUGUACCACAAUUUUGACAUCGAUAGUCAGAAGACCGGAUCAGUGAAACUGAAUGUAAUGAAAUGAUGUUCAAAUUGAAGGAAAUGGUGUGACAUAUCCAAAGAUGCGAAUUAACUGCCUGAUUCUGACCUCUGAUUUAUGAUCAGAUGCCAUGCGAGAUCAAAAGCUAUUUUGUAUUUAAUUAGAUAUUGAAUUAAUUAAAGUCAAAAGAUAAUAAAAAUUGAA